AUGCUCAAAUUCAGUAAGAGCCGCUUGAAACGACAAUGGGGAUUCGGUUAUCCUUUAUUCGGUGGUCUCGGAAAUAGUUGGGAAGCUAAAGGAGCUCUACCGACAUGACACCGAGAAAAACGAUAUGGAUUUGGUGGAUUUGGAGGCGGUUAUCCAUACUAUGGAGGAUAUGGGGGAUUUCCUGGCGGUUACAGUUAUAGUCAAGGCAGCUCCUGGGGCUCUUAUAUGAGCUUUAAAUCUGGUGGAUAUAGUUCGAAUUAUGCAAGCGGAUGGGGAUGGUAA